GAGGGGCUGGAACGGGGAGGAGGAGGAAGAGGAAAGGGCCGGAGGCAGCGGGUGUAGGUUCUGCGGCGGCGGCGGCUCUCCCCGGGGCGGACGAUGGACAGUCAGGGCAGGAAGGUGGUGGUGUGCGACAACGGCACCGGGUUUGUGAAGUGUGGAUAUGCAGGCUCUAACUUUCCAGAACACAUCUUUCCAGCUUUGGUUGGAAGACCUAUUAUCAGAUCAACCACCAAAGUGGGAAACAUUGAAAUCAAGAAUAACAAAAAGAUGGAUCUUAUGGUUGGGGAUGAGGCAAGUGAAUUACGCUCAAUGUUAGAAGUUAACUACCCUAUGGAAAAUGGCAUAGUACGAAAUUGGGAUGACAUGAAGCACCUGUGGGACUAUACAUUUGGACCAGAGAAACUUAACAUAGAUACCAGAAAUUGUAAAAUCUUACUCACAGAACCUCCUAUGAACCCAACCAAAAACAGAGAGAAGAUUGUAGAGGUAAUGUUUGAAACUUACCAGUUUUCUGGUGUGUAUGUAGCCAUCCAGGCAGUUCUGACUUUGUAUGCUCAAGGUUUGUUGACUGGUGUAGUGGUGGACUCUGGAGAUGGUGUAACUCACAUUUGCCCGGUGUAUGAAGGCUUUUCUCUCCCUCAUCUUACCAGGAGACUGGAUAUUGCUGGGAGGGAUAUUACCAGAUAUCUUAUCAAGCUGCUUCUGUUGCGAGGAUAUGCCUUCAACCAUUCUGCUGAUUUUGAAACGGUUCGCAUGAUUAAAGAAAAACUGUGUUAUGUGGGAUAUAAUAUUGAGCAAGAGCAGAAACUGGCCUUAGAAACCACAGUAUUAGUUGAAUCUUAUACACUCCCAGAUGGACGCAUUAUCAAAGUUGGGGGAGAGAGAUUUGAAGCACCAGAAGCUUUAUUUCAGCCUCACUUGAUCAAUGUUGAGGGAGUUGGUGUUGCUGAAUUGCUUUUUAACACAAUCCAGGCAGCUGACAUUGAUACCAGAUCUGAAUUCUAUAAGCACAUUGUGCUUUCUGGAGGGUCUACUAUGUACCCUGGCCUGCCAUCGCGGUUGGAACGAGAACUUAAACAGCUUUACUUAGAACGAGUUUUAAAGGGAGAUGUGGAAAAACUUUCUAAAUUUAAGAUCCGCAUUGAAGACCCACCCCGCAGAAAGCAUAUGGUAUUCCUGGGUGGUGCAGUUCUAGCAGAUAUUAUGAAAGACAAAGACAACUUUUGGAUGACCCGACAAGAGUACCAAGAAAAGGGUGUCCGUGUGCUGGAGAAACUUGGUGUGACUGUUCGAUAAAUCCAAAGCUCGUUCCCAUCACACCCCUCAUGCUUUCUUUUUUCCUUUAUUGCCAGUCUUUGAACUCAUUCAACUCUAAGACGUGGAAAAGGCCUCUCUGUGCCCUUUGACUGGAAAGGUCAAGUUUUAUUCUGGUGUCUUGGGGAAGCUUUGUUAAAUUUUUGUUAAUGUGGGUAAAUCUGACUGUUUAAUUCAACCACUUCAGUACAAACACAACUAGAGGGCAAAGGGUCCUGUCUGCUGCUUUGUUUCUUCUAAGUAGGCAUUUAGAUCAUUCCUUUAGGCUUCCUGUUUUCACUUUUCUGCUCUAAUGCUGCUAGUUUUAGUCUUUUGAGCACACUAGGUGGUAUGCCUUUAUUAGCAUAAGGAAAAAACUUUAACAGGAUCUUUUACAUAUUACUGGGGUGGGGGUGGUUAGGGAUGGGUGAGCAGCCGCUGAACCCUUUAGGGCAUUUCCUCUUUAGUGUGGCGCUUUAGGCAGUUACUGCUGCACCUUUAAGUACCUUAAAGCUUCUCCUGUUAACAUCUUAGGGAAAUGUUAGGCUCAGAACUGGAGUGUUUUGGGUGGGUUUUUGCGUGUGGAGUAGGGGGGAGUGGGUGGUCUUUUGAUUUUGAUUUUUGAGGUUUUUCUACCCUGGGGUACGUAAGAUGAACUUUAUUACAGUACUUUGAUUUGGCAGGUUUUCUUCUACUUUUGGUCUGCGUGGAACUAUUUCCAUAUGAUAUGAAGAACAAGUGUAGUAUUCCAUUACCAGGUGGCUUAGGGAUUUAUUUGUUUUUUAAAAAUCAACCAUGUUAGCUGGGACUAGACUCCCUAGAGUCUAUCAGUGGAAAAGUAACAUUUAAAAAUGCUUUUGGUAAUUCAGAUUUACAGAUAAAGUGCUUAAGAGCUGGUGUUUCCUAAUGCUUCUGUUUAGAGGAUUAAGGUAACCCAGUGCCAAGUACCAUUCUUGCAAAUUAUUCUUUUAUAUAACUGACCCAUGCUUAUUUGAUAAAAUAAGCAGUUACAUAUAAAUGAUUACUGGCAGUAAGUUAUCAUUGUUGGGUUAAAAAUAACAUUGGAAUAUGGAACUUAUUGCCAAUUUGGUAAUUUUCAUUAGCUUUUUGUUGUUCUGAUUUGAAACCUGGAAGUGGAGUAAAGUUUGACUAUGUAAAAUGUUGGCCCCCCCAAAAUCAAGAUUUAAAUUUGUAUUUGUGCUGAAAAACUAAUCAUAAUCGCUAAUUCUCAGCCAUCUUCUAUGCCUGAAAGGAGAAUAGUUAGUAUUUUGUAAACGUUAGCAGACUGUGCCAGACAGAAAAUCCUGUUUGUGAAUCCUGUCGAUAUUGCUUAUUAUCUGAAAUAAUAUCAAAUAGUACCUAGACAUGAAUUCUUUCUAAAUUUGAAAAAUAAAAUAAUGAGAAAUUGUAUCACAUGAAGUACAAAAUGCAGAUUCGGGAAAAAAUGUUUUCCUUCAUUUCAAAACAUUCUUUGCUAAUAAUGGCUUUGAAAGAAAUGACUUAAUUUUGGGGGUGACUGAAACCAGAGAAAUUAUUGGCUUUUUUUGUGAGAGUCUUUUUUCUGAGAAAAUUUAAAAAUUAGUUUAUAUGAAAUAAGCAGCAAAAGAAGGUUAGUUUUAAUUAUGCAGCUUCUGUUAAUAUUAAGUAUUUUUAGUCUGUUUUACCUCAAUUUGAACAAGUAAGUUUGCCUGCAUGCUGGACAUGCAUUAGUACAUAUGAAUAGCCCAUGAAUAAUGUCUAGUAGAUUUUGAGUAUGUGGAUCACAGAGUCACUUUGGGAUUCUAAAGUGUUCCUAAAUCAUGUUCUUAUAAAUACCUCCAGCCUUUUGAGUACUGGGCUUGUUAAAGUACACACAGGUAGGACCAGUACCUACUGACUGUUCAGUUUGGGUAAAUGGACUGACUCUUGGCCUUUGGUCAUGUUUUUAAAAUAUGGGGGUAGAAAGCAACAAACAAUGGGAUGCACUUUUAAAUAAAACAAUGAAAGCAUUUAUCAUUUGUCCCUUGAAUGUAGAAUUUGUUUUUGAUUUCAUAAUUCUGCUAGCAAACAUGACAGUUAAAUGGUGUGUUAAUAUAUAUUAUAAUUUAGAAAUUCCAUUUUAUAAUUUUCUUCUUCCAAGGUGGAACAGUGUAUUUAAUAAUUUGGGGAUUGGGGGGAGUAUUACAUUUAAUUGAAGUUGUCAGGUAUGCUUCCCUCAGAAUUUAAAAAAAAUUUCUGUUUUAAAAAGAUCUGAUUUUUAGUUCUUGAAACCCAUUGUCACGUAAGUUUCCAAUAAUGAUUAAAAUUCUUUUCUUUUUAAAUUGGCAUUGCCAAUGCCUUGGCCUUUGAGAAGCGUUUUUUAGAAAUAAGUCCUAUGUGUAAAGUUUUUUUCUUUAAAAUGUGAUAUUGGAUGUUAACUUUUACACAGUUCUGAGCACUGUUAAUAUCUGGAAAGUAUUUUGAGAGAUCAAUGGAAAGCUAAACAUUCUAAAUUUAACAAGAAUACACUUCUUUUUGAUUCAGAAAAUAAAGUCACA